AUGAGUCGGCGAAGGAAAUUUGGGGACAGUCCUGGCCUGAAGGACACGCAGCGCCAAGCGGCGGCGGCGGCUGAGGAAUGCAGCUCGGUGGUCGAGUCAGGGAAGAGGCGGCUGAGGUCGGCCCGCGGAUCGGGGCUCCGCGGGGCCGGAGAGGGGCGUCUCCAGCCCCUGCCGCAGCAGGAGCAGCCUUCAGUAGCCGCUUCGUGCAGUAAAAGUAACCCCGAGGAAAAGUAUGAAACACCAAAGAGGGUGCUGAAAAUGGAUUUAUUGUCAUCUGCCUUCAGUUCUCCUAAUGAUCCAGAUGGACAGAAUGAUAUCUUCUGGGAUCAAAAUUCUCCAAUGACCAAACAGUUAGGUAAAGGAAGAAAAAAAAAGAUUUACGCCACAGAUAGUGAUGAGAUCUCACAUAUUGUUAACUGUAUUGCUCCUCAGGAUGAAAAACCAACCACGGACUCCAUGCUCGAUGUGUGGAUUGGUGAAACUGCUAUCCCUUGUACUCCUCAUGUGGCUAAAGGAAAAUCAAGAGCAAAACUCAGCUGCACAAAGUUAAAAACACAAAAUCAAGAGGAAGAACUUAUGAAAUUGGCCAAGCAAUUUGAUAAAAAUAUGGAAGAGCUUGAUGUGAUUCAAGAGCAAAACAAGAGAAAUCAUGAUUUUAUCUGGAUGAUUUCAGAAGCAGAGACUUUAAAUAAUUAUAAUGUACAGAUGCAGUUAUUACAUGACAUGGUUCCAGAAAUAGAUAAUGUUAUAAUAAAGAAGCCAAUGAAAGAAAACACGAAGGUACUUCGUGUGGUAAAUGAUCAAUAUAGCAGUCAGAAGCCAUUUGACCAAAAUGCCGAAGCAGCCUUUAAUGCCAUUUUUGAUGGUUCUACUCAGAAGUGCAGUGGACAUUUAAGCCAAGAUCUGUCAGAUGCCUUGUGGAGCACCGUUAAUACUACCUUUGGAAAGACAAGUGCCUUGAAAGAGGAGGAAAUCAUUACUAAUGAAACUCAGGUUCCGGAAAAACUGCCGAGUAAACCCCCAGCAGCACUUUCUCAUCAGGUGGGUGCUCCUGGAACGACAGAAUCUUGUAUGACUUCCAGUACUAAGGAGCCAGAAGUUUUUAAGCACGUGGAUGCAUUUACUGCUGGUGAUUUUGAAGAUGAAUGGGAAAAUUUACUAAAUAAUGAACCUUUUGUUAUGGAAAAUAUAGAAAUGUCUGAACCUUUUUCUGCUCCUGAAACAACCCAGAUGGUUGAUCAAAAAGAAAUUUGUACUUUUAACAGUAAAAAUGAUAAAAGUAACUCAAGAAUGAAUAUAAGCUUAGAUGCUGGGUUUAGAGAUUCAAAAAUUUUAGGAAAUGUUUCUUCAAAGACACAUACCAAUGAAUUAAUAGAUGCUGGAAAAUAUAGAUUUUCACCAAAUUCAAGUGAUAAACCAAACAGAUUACUACCCACUGGAAAUGAAAUGAAAUUUGAGAAACCUUUCAAUAAAAUCACUCAAGACAAAACUCAAGAUUGUGCAGUUGCGUCUGAUCUGACAAAAGGAAAGGAAGGUAUUCAUACUGAAUUUAUUUACAAUGUAAAUGCUUCUGGAAAAAUGUCUACUUUGAACACAGGAUAUUCUAAUGAACAAAAAAAUAAGUCCAUUUUUAAUCAUUCUUUCAAAACGCCUGCUAAUAUACUUCCUUUUGGCUCUGCUGCUUUGGGCAAUGCAAAUGAGACUAAUGCAUCAAAGUUAGGUUCUUUGUCUGAUGAUUGGAAUGACCCAUCAUUUGCCAAUGAAAUUGUUAAAGCAUGUCAUCAGUUAGAGAAUACCUGGGACACUGAUGAUGUAGAGGAUGACUUAUUAUACCAAGCAUGUGAUGAUAUUGAAAAACUAACUCAGCAACAAGACAUGAGAAAGGAUAGCAAGACAUCAGAAAGUAUACUUGACAUUGGUAAUAGUUCCAAACAUGGAGCCAAAAACACGUUUCCUAUGUCUAAACAAGGAAGUCAAUUGGUGCCAUCAACAUGUUUGAAUCUGAGCAGUGUUUCAGCACAAUCAUCUUCAUUAACAGAUAGCUCACAAAUCAAUCAAUCAGUGAAGAUGCAGAAAAGGAAAAUUUGUGGAAAUUCUCCAAGUUUUUUAGGUGCUACAACAAAUUUGACUAUAUACUCUAAGAACUCAAAUUGUCUGAUCAAUAACCUGCCUGUCUCUUGGAAUAAUACUGAUGUUCCAGUACAAGUGAAUAGUUCCAAAUCAGUUGUUACAAGACGUUCAAGUUUCAGUGUGAAUUCAGAUCAUAUGAGUACAGAAAUGGCUACUUAUAAGAAGAAAUUGAAUACUCGGUCUCUGUCCCAUGGGACCAUAACAGACGAAGCUCAGAGUGACCUUAACAGAACAGUUAGAUUUUCUAAGUAUACAUUUACAAAGAUCAAAAAUUCUCAGAUUCUUUCCCAGAUUAAUCAAAAUCAUAUAACAGGAAGUAUCCCUGAUACCAAAAUUAUACAGAGUUUGGAGAAAAACAAAACUGUCGACUCAUUAUGUGGGAAGGCUGUUCAACAGCAAUCUUUGGUGAAACCUUCUGAAUCUUUGAAACAACCUUCAAAAGAGGAAGAAGAGAAAAAUAGAAAGUAUUCUCCUGAAGAAAUUAAGAGAAAAAGACAAGAAGCACUGGUUCGAAGAAUGGCCAAAGCAUCAUCUGUAAAGGCAGCUCCCACUUAACUUGAUUUCUUUAGUGAAAUGGUGGUUGGAAGACUGAAAGACAGUUGAUACCUAUCGAUGAUAGGAAACAUUGUUCUUGAUUUCUCUGUGAGAAAUUUAAUGCUAAGUUAUAAAGCAUGGACUUCUUUAUUUAAUAAAUCAUGUUUGCAUUGGUCAGUGAAAUCUUUCCUUGGAGAAGGUAUAUAUGAAAAUAAUUCCAUGUAAGUUUUGGAAGUUCAGGGAAGUUAACAGUUAUGUAGUAGAAUUAUAUAGAGGAAAGGAGUUACAUUUUUUAAAUACUGUGAUUGCAGAGGAUUGUCAAAAAAUAGGUUAUCUACUUAAUUUUUUGUUGUAAUAAGGCUUUUCCUAAUACAAAGCUUCAACCUACUAAGUUAAAGGGGACUAUUUUUUAAAUAGUUCUUACUUUCAGUAUCUGUUCCUUAAGAUUUUUAUACAUUUCUAAAGUUUAAUACUUUCAUAUUCUUAGGAGCAUGGUUGGUAGGAAAUAAAGGACUCAGUUUAUUUGUAAGGAAAUUACUGUUUUCAUUUCCUGGUCUGAAAUACAGAUUUGAAUUUGAAUUUCCUAAAAUGUGAUGCAUUUUGGAAACUUUCCACCAUUUUUCGGGAAAAUGUUGACUUAAGUUUUGUUUAGAAAAAAGUGGGUUGGCUACAUAAGUAAUGUAACAUCAUUAACAUUUAGAACUGUCAGAAGCUUUAGAUAUCAUUGAUCCAGCUUCUUUGUUGUAUAGAUGAGAAAUGAAUACUGUUAUUCGGAAAGUCACAAGGCAAGUGAAAGCUGUACUGGGAUUAGAGGGAUUCCUUUCAUUCUGAUGGAUACCUAAACAAUUGCACCAUUUCCUUCAGAGUAUUAAUUAGUACCUAAAAUAACUCGUUUGCUUUGGUAUUAUUUUAUAGUAUAAAACUAAAAAAAGUAAAAGUGCAUUGAUACUGAUUGUUUCUUGUAUUGAAGACUGAAUCCUUCUAGGGUAUAAAAAUGAGAACAUCUUUUGUGUUUUUCUCUAUGUAAUUGUCCUUGAUUAAUUUACUGACUUUAUUAAUUUGUUAUUCUUUGUUAUUCUUUUUAUUCUUUUUGCCUGUUUGGAAUUUGCUAAGCCAGAAGUAAAAUCUAAGCAGAGGGCAUAAGGGCAGUAAUGAUGCUUCAUUCAUCCCAAAUGGCUUUAAAAUGUGAAGGAAAUAGUCGAUACCUGUCAACUAUUAUGAAUGUGAGGAAAGUUAUAAAUGUGAAAUGCCUAUUAAGUUGUUUACCACUAUUCAGGUGUCUUUUAACUAUGAUGAUAUGGAAAUAAUUAAAUGCAUUUUAAGGUAUUGCUAUAUAGAGACAUCAUUUUAAAAAUUGUAUUUUCAUAUAUAUAUGAGUGGGCAAAAGUAGGUUUACAGUUCGUAUGGAGAAGAUGCAGGUUAUGAUGAUUACAAUAGCUUUAUUAACUCAAAAGAAUGUCACAAUGGCACAGGUGCUUAGGUACAACCUUGUAAGUGCUCAAAUGGCCGGCCUUUAUUAUUUACACAUUCUUGUAGCCUACUUGCUACCCUCAAGCACACUUUGGCACAGAGUUCUUUAUUGUCAUCAGUUUCUUGACAUGCUUCUCACAACUGUAAACCUACUUUUGCUCAUCCCUGUCCAGUAGAGUAACACAUUCUAGGUAACCUUUAUUAUUCGUCUAAGAAAAUAUAAUAACCUAAAUAAAUACAGUCAUGUACCACUUGAUGGGGAUACAUUCUGA